AUGUCUUCCGUGAUCCGCAGCGUAAAAAAUGUCACCAAAGGCUACUCCUCGGUCCAGGUGAAAGUGCGCAAUGCCACCAGCAACGACCCAUGGGGUCCUACAGGCACCGACAUGGCCGACAUCGCGCGCAUCACCUACAACAGCUCCACCGACUUUUACGAGGUCAUGGACAUGCUCGAUAAGCGACUCAACGACAAAGGCAAGAACUGGCGGCAUGUGCUGAAGAGUCUGAAGGUGCUAGACUAUUGCUUGCACGAGGGUUCAGAGCUGGUGGUGACGUGGGCGAGGAAGAACAUAUACAUCAUCAAGACUUUGCGAGAGUUCAUUCAUGUUGAUGAGGACGGCAGAGAUGUGGGCGCAAGCAUCCGACAUUCGGCAAAGGAGCUGACAUCCCUCAUCUUGGACGAAGAACGACUACGCGCCGAGAGGACCAACCGAGGAUCAUGGAAAUCUCGAGUCACUGGCCUGGACGAAGUACCCGGUGGUAUGUCUGGUUUUGAGGGUGAAGAAAGCACUCCACGGCGACGUGAGAGGCGGAAAACGAAUCGCGGCAAUGGCGACGACGACGAUCUCGAGUACAAGCUGGCUCUGGAAGCAUCAAAGAAUGAGGCAGAAGUGGAUGCUGCUCGCAGAAAGGGUGCUCAGCCUGAAGUGGACGAUGAUGACCUCGAGAAAGCGAUCAAGCUCAGCAAAGAGGAGGAGGAGCUGCGGAAGCGAGAACUCGAGGAUCAGCAGAACUCGAAUCUGCUCUUCGACGAUACUUCUGCCCAAGCUGCACAGCCGACAGGGUUUAAUCAGGGCUAUCAGCAGCAAGCAGCCGUCGACUGGUACGGCAACCCCGUAGAGCAGCAGCAGCAGCAGCAGCAACCUCAACAGACCGGUUAUCUGAACAACGCCUACAGCCAGCCCACGGGAAUUCAAAACGGUGGCUAUGGCAAUGGAUUUGGCUACCAGCAACCACAGCAGACUGGCUACGAGCAGAUGCAACAGCCGCAACAGCAGUUCCUCGAACCGCAAAACACCUACAAUCCCUGGGCGCAGCAAAUGCAACCACAGCAGACCCAGCAAUUGAUUCAAGAACAAGUCACGGCCACACCAGCCGGCUCAAACAACCCCUGGGGAACACACAACAACGCCAUGGCCUCACCCAUUGGCGUUCAAGCCACAGGCUCAAACAAUCCUUUCGCUGCUCAACGACCACAGCAGACGCAAUCACCAUUCGCCUCGAACAAACCAACUCUCUCCACGCUCCAAGAACAGCAGACAGCCACGAACUUCGCACCUCGACCGAACCCGAUCCAGAACUUCUCUGCACCAGUACAACAACCCCAACCAACCGCACAAAAACAACAACCACCCCAAGAUCCCUACCAAGCCCGCCUCAACGCUCUCCUCGCCUCAGGCGAAGGCCAAGAUACCUUCGGCAACGUCGGCGAUCUCCGCCUACCAGCUCAACAUACGGCACCAGGCACUUUCGUCAAUUCAGCUGGUGGUGGUAGUAUGGGUAGGCUGGAGGCGGCGAAGACGGGUAACAACCCCUUCUAUAACCAGCAGCAGAGUGCGGCGCAGUUUCAGUACCCGGCCCAGACGGGGCCUGCGACGGGGUUUGGGGGGCAGAAUAAUCCUUUUGGGGGGAGGCCGCAGCAGCAGGGGCAGGGGCAGCAGGGAGGGCAGGGGGUGAGUUUGAUUGAUUUGUGA